GCGAUUUGCUCGUCCGCCAUCUCUGAGAGCAACCUGAGAAGUGCAGUGCGCCAAGCGGCUUGUCAACAAACCAAAGAGUGAAACUCAUUACGGCCGUGUGGAGGCUUAGCGGUGCCUCAGUGUAUGUUCCCCGUCUUUGCUCGGAGACGAUUUUCAUGUGAAAGGAGACAACUGGCGGGGAAUAAGACGACAUGUCAAAUCUCAGCAAAGGAGGCACCAAGAAAGACACCAAGAUGAGGAUACGAGCCUUUCCUAUGACCAUGGAUGAAAAAUAUGUCAACAACAUCUGGGAUCUCUUGAAAAAUGCCAUCCAGGAGAUCCAGAGAAAGAACAACAGUGGGCUUAGCUUCGAGGAGCUCUACAGGAAUGCCUACACCAUGGUACUGCACAAACAUGGAGAGAAGCUCUACACGGGACUGAGGGAAGUGGUUACUGAACAUCUCAUCAACAAAGUACGAGAGGAUGUACUGAACUCCCUCAAUAACAACUUUUUGCAAACACUGAAUCAAGCCUGGAAUGACCACCAGACUGCUAUGGUGAUGAUCAGAGACAUCUUGAUGUACAUGGACCGGGUGUAUGUACAGCAGAAUAAUGUCGAGAACGUCUAUAACCUGGGUCUCAUCAUCUUCAGAGACCAGGUGGUUCGUUACGGUUGCAUCCGGGACCAUCUUAGACAGACUCUGCUAGACAUGAUCGCCCGUGAGAGGAAAGGCGAGGUAGUGGACAGGGGAGCCAUCCGUAACGCUUGUCAGAUGUUGAUGAUUUUGGGCUUGGAAGGGCGUUCGGUUUAUGAAGAGGACUUUGAGGCCCCAUUCUUAGAAAUGUCUGCCGAGUUCUUCCAGAUGGAGAGUCAGACGUUUUUAGCGGAGAACAGUGCGAGCGUGUACAUAAAAAAAGUGGAGGCGCGGAUAAAUGAGGAGAUUGAACGAGUGAUACACUGCCUGGAUAAAUCCACAGAGGAGCCGAUUGUGAAGGUGGUGGAGAGAGAACUCAUCUCUAAGCACAUGAAGACCAUCGUAGAGAUGGAAAAUUCUGGCCUGGUGCACAUGCUCAAGAAUGGAAAGACAGAAGAUCUAGCCUGCAUGUACAAAUUGUUCAGUAGGGUGCCAAACGGCCUGAAGACAAUGUGCGAAUGUAUGAGCUCUUAUCUACGAGAGCAGGGAAAAGCUUUGGUGUCCGAGGAAGGAGAGGGGAAGAACCCAGUCGAUUACAUCCAGGGUCUCCUGGAUCUCAAGUCAAGGUUCGAUCGCUUCCUUCAAGAAUCCUUUAACAACGACCGCUUGUUCAAGCAGACUAUUGCAGGGGACUUUGAGUAUUUUCUGAACCUCAACUCGCGCUCACCCGAGUAUCUCUCGCUAUUUAUAGAUGACAAGCUAAAGAAAGGAGUUAAAGGACUGACAGAGCAGGAGGUGGAGUCCAUCUUGGAUAAGGCCAUGGUUCUGUUCAGGUUUAUGCAAGAGAAGGAUGUGUUUGAGCGCUACUACAAGCAGCACCUCGCCCGAAGACUUCUCACCAACAAGAGCGUCUCUGACGACUCGGAGAAAAACAUGAUCUCAAAGCUAAAGACAGAAUGUGGCUGUCAGUUCACAUCUAAACUGGAAGGAAUGUUCAGGGACAUGAGCAUAUCUAACACAACCAUGGAUGAGUUUCGCCAACACCUUACAACAACAGGGGUGUCUUUAGGUGGUGUUGACCUCACAGUGAGGGUCCUAACGACAGGAUACUGGCCCACGCAGUCGGCAACUCCCAAAUGUAACAUUCCUCCUUCACCGAGACAUGCGUUCGAGGUCUUUAGAAGGUUUUAUUUGGCCAAACACAGCGGCAGGCAGCUCACAUUACAGCAUCACAUGGGCUCCGCAGACCUCAAUGCCACAUUUUAUGGGCCAAUCAAAAAGGAGGAUGGGUCAGAUAUGGUGGGUGGAGCUCAGGUUACAGGCUCUAAUGCAAGGAAGCACAUUCUGCAGGUUUCCACAUUCCAGAUGACAAUCCUCAUGCUCUUCAACAACAGAGAGAAAUCCACAUUUGAGGAAAUUCAGCAAGAGACAGAUAUCCCAGAAAGAGAGCUUGUGCGGGCACUACAAUCUCUGGCCUGCGGAAAGCCAACACAGCGAGUCCUCACUAAAGAGCCUAAAUCGAAAGAGAUUGAGAAUGGCCAUGUGUUCACUGUCAAUGAUCAGUUCACCUCCAGACUGCACAGAGUCAAGAUUCAAACAGUUGCUGCUAAACAGGGAGAGUCAGAUCCUGAGAGGAAGGAGACACGACAGAAGGUGGACGAUGACAGGAAACACGAGAUUGAGGCAGCCAUUGUUCGCAUCAUGAAGUCCAGAAAAAGGAUGCAGCACAAUGUUCUAGUAGCAGAGGUCACCCAGCAGCUAAGGGCACGAUUUCUCCCAAGUCCUGUUGUUAUUAAAAAGCGUAUUGAAGGACUUAUCGAGAGAGAAUAUUUGGCAAGAACACCGGAGGAUCGCAAAGUGUACACAUAUGUAGCAUGAACAAAGAGCGCAGUGAAAUCUGGCACGAAAGAGCGAGUGAGCGUUUUUGGACUUUGCCACAUAUUUGACCUGGGACAUUAUUUUAUUUCUUGAGUUUUUUUUUCCUGUUUGUUCGUUUCCUUUUUUGUUUUAUUUGUACUGGGGGAAAAUAGAAUUGUAUUAGAUUUAUGUUGAAUUGUUCUUAGCAAUUCACACAAGGCCAUUCACUGUAUCUGGUUCAACUGUAGGCUUUCACAGAAAGUCUCAGUCUCUAUAAGAGAAUUGAGUUAUCGUGUGCUUGCACUCAUACCAAGAAUCCCAAAACUGUGAAUUCAAAGGAAUACAGAAGAGAUGAUUAGCCAACAUUUGAUGGACGCUAAAGAAUAUUCAUAUCGAUAUGAAAUACCUUUACACACUUGUUUUUAUGUCUGUGUAAAUGUGUUAAUGUCUGUAGCACCUUGUUGCUCGUACAGGUUGUCAGACACUUCUGGCCACUGGUGUUUGAUUUAGAGCAUGCUUUUACUCAACACAGAUGGAGUUACACACAGUAUAUGAAAAGAUGGUUUGAAGGUGUUUUUUGUCCGUUUUUUUAUCGUUUUUGUCCAUGUCUGACCUGGCCAAUUGUAGAGGUUGACUAAAAGCUUUUUUAAAGCUCCUCAAAUGUAGUUCAAACAGGAUUGGGGGUUUGUGUUUUUCAGCAUUAAGAAAGAACUUCUGAAGCGUCAUAUUUCAAUGUGUAUAAAUUGUAAAUUACUUAUUGUACUCAAUGCUGAAGUGAACUGUACAGGGCCUUGUUUUCAUCAUUAAAUGUAGAAAAAGAAAGCAAAAAAAUAAUAAACAGAUUGGCCGUUUUGGGUCA